AUGUUUGGCGCUAGAAAGAAAGGCUGUGCUGAGCAAUGGAACAAGACGCUCAAGGAGCUGGAUAGUGUGGACACGCACAUCUCUUUCUUGUCUCAGAACGAUUACCAAGAAGUGAUAGAGGUCUGCACUGCAGCGUUUGUUGGGACUGAUCGAUCGCCGGGAGAAGGGAAAGUCCGCUGGAUCUUUGGUCCCGAAAAUGUGACGGGGAAACCGCAAGAGUGUGAGAGGUUUGUGCAAGGAACGCGAUGGUACGCAACAUGGUGUACGAACUGUUGCUUCGACUACGGGUGCGUGCUCGGGUAUAGAGAUGCUGACAGCGGCAAAUUGCUGGGCGUCGCCCUCAUAAUGCCUCCUGGGACGGUCAAGAAUGGCAACGUGCUAACUGUGCUGCGCAUGAUGAACUUGGGGUGGAAGGCAAGAGGUCCUCCGCUAGAGCGGAACACCAAGAGGUACGGGAAGUUUGCCAAGGAAAGAGCGCUGCGUGCUCAGCGCAUGAUGGAGAGGAUGCAUCGUACACAUGCGGCAGGGAGACAUUGGUACGUGUACAUGCUAGGGGCGCAUCCAGACGCGCAGGGCAAGGGGGUAGGAUCUUCGUUACUGAUGACAGUGAUCAAGCUGUCGAAGAGGAACGGAGUUUGCACAUACCUAGAGUGUCACGCAGACAAGAAAGCGUUCUACGAGAAGUACAUGAAAUGCGUUGAAGAGAAGGUCGUGAGCAAUGCUGACCCUAACGGCAUCGACAUGUGCGCUUGUUCGAUGAUUGCAUAG